UUACCGUUAUAGUGCAAUUAAUGUAUUGUUUAGUGUUGUGUUGAGUAGUGGCUUUGCUGGCAUGCACCCCCAAUUUGGGGGGGGGUUUGCCCAACCAAGAUUUACAUGCUAAAAUCACCAUUGGGUUCAAGUUGCCAGAUUUCAACGGACUGUCCACCCGAAACAACUUCUCAUCGCCAACGGUUACUCUCUGCCAUGUUCCCCGAAGAAGGAAGCAAGCCACCGUCGCGAAUUUCAGAGGCUCGAAAGGCAUUAAAAAUCAGCCGCAACAGCUAAGGUCUCGCUCGGCCAAGAGGCAGCUCCGGUGCAGCCACUGCUCCAAGCACCUCUCCCACAGCCAACAACUGAAGAUGCAUGAGAGGGUGCACACUGGAGGGAAACCGUGUCAAUGUGUCUACUGCGGGAAGUGCUACAAACAGUCAACACCCUUCUAGGUACAGCUCUAGGAUCAGAUUCCUCUCCCCAAUCCUAACCUUAACUAUUAGUGGAAAAAAAUUAAAAACGGACCCAAGAUCAGCUUCUAGGGGCAACUUCACACUACUCCACCUGGCGCAACGAUUGGCAAGGCCAGGAGUUUUUCCUGUGAUCAGACCAGUGAAACCUCCUGGCCAUAGUUUAAGGGGAAUGACUCCACACUUCUGGGGUUUUCAUAUGAAAACUGGGUCAAUGUGUUUUUGACAGUUUAUUGGUUUCCACAUUUAACGUUACCCUCUGUGUGCAGUGGUUGUGUAUUUGGGUCAACUAGCUGGAUGCUUGGUCCAGAGUGGAUUGAUAAUGUGAGUUAUUACAGGUGAAAAUUGUAAACAUCCUUAUGAAUUUAUAUUGAUGCAGUGGUGAACCAAAGUACAGUAAUUAAGAAUUAAAAUGUCCCUUUGCCUCUCAACAAGAUAUAUUUACUGUCAGACUGAGGGGCUGUAAAAAUGUAAAUGGAAUUCAUAUCAAUGUACUAUAUUGUAGGCUAGUCUGUCAUACUGUUGAAAGUUACUUUUUUAUAUUAUCAAUUAACUGUUUUUGUCGUUUAUUUAUAAUAGAAAUACCACAAAUAGUGUAAUGCUUUAUUUAUUUUUAAAUCAUGAAAUAUUGUUUACACCAAAUAUCGUGUUUAAAAUAGCUACAACAUUGUUGUGGUGGAGCACUCCUGUACAGUAGGUGGCGCAUAUGUUUACAUGAAAGUGAUGAUGAGGAACAGGAAAAAUAAUCUCAACAGCAAGCUAACGUUACAAACAAAGCUAGCUAGCUAGCUAUCGAUGUUCAGUUUCUGAUAUUAUUGUAUUUGUUUUAAUAGGUUGCUAGAUAACUGUAUAUCGUCAUAAUAUAGAAAACAUAAAGACUGUUUUCAUAUUGAAAAAGGGGGCAAAACGUCGGGGACAAUGUCGGGUUCCGUGGUCGAGUUCCAGGCGCAGAUAGCCUCAAUCAUGGAGGUGCUAGCCAACGCUGCUGUAACCGAAAUCUGCAAAAUUGUUGACGAUGGCUAUGCGGUUGUACACAUGGAGAUUUCCCAAAGCCACAAGGACAACGAAUUUCUCCGGAGAAAAAUGAAAUUGUUGGAACUUCAGAUCGCGAGGUUUCGAUCAGAGAGAACAAAGUUUUCAGAGGGGUCCGUCCAAAAUCGCUUCCAUGGAAUACGCCUGCUCAACAGACACAACCAUCGAGAGACGGUAACGACAGGACCUACUUGGCAAAGCAGAGCCAGACUUUCCAACAGGAGUUUUGGGAACAGCAGCAUACCAAGAGACAGACAGCCCAUAGAUGUGGACCAAGAGGAUGUCUCUUCAUCAAAGCAUAUGGUUGCUACAAGUGAUGCGCAGUCAGCAGAGACAGAGGAAGGGGAACCAGACCUGCUGAUCAUCAAGGAUGAGGGAGAAGCAGAUGACCAGGACUCUAGGAUCAGCCACCCAACCAGAACAGUGGAGGGCAGCAGAGAACUAACCACAGCCACCACAGAGGACCCUGCCAUUCAGGCCAUUGGCCACAGAGGCAACAACAGCUACAACAACACCGCUAUGGAGGUCAGUGGAUCUGACGCCGUCCUCCUCCAAUCAGAAACAGGGACUGUGAACCAGGGACCCCAGCAGUACACAGGAUUUGAACCCAAAGCAGAGAGACAGAGUCUGGACACAAAGUGUGACAUGAACGGGGACCUCAAUCUCCUAAGAGGUUCUUUAAACCAGGUGUGGAGAGAGGUAGUAGCGACUGAUGAUGGUGCCUCUGCUGCUCACACUAAAGUAAUGGACCUAGGGAGUGGCCCAGUGGGCCCAGAAACACAGACUAGCUCAGACAUAGAAAUGAGAAGUGUAGGGUUAGAAAACCACAGGUUUUCCCCCAAGGAAUUCCAUUCCUCAUCAGAACAUGUGAUAGUGAUUGACUCUGUAUCCAGUGAGCAGCAGGUAGAUAGAGAUUUUGAGUGGGGUCAGGUGGGUACAGCUACUACACCACAGGUCAAUGGGACUGGAAAUAAGCAGGGAGUGGGAGGGUUUAACAGAAAUGCACCAAUGAUUCGCCCCAUUCACCCCGAUUCAUUGAGAGACAACACAACGCUAUUGGUAGCACCCGGUUUCCAUCCUGCAGAGAAAAAUACAGGCAUGCAUCUUGACACAGGAAAUGCAAGUGAGGCCAACAAAGCUAGUUGGUGCUCAUUGGCAAGCCUCCAUAGACACGCUGAAAUACCAGGAAGAGGAGUUCAACAACCAGUUCCUUCCUCACUUCCUGACGGCUAUUUUAGACCAAGCGCUGCAACUUUCUCUCACUCUAGUAAUUUCGCCACACACUUUAGACCUGGUACCGUAGAACGACCGUACGGUUGCUCGAGUUGCCAUAAAAAGUUUGUCCACGAGAGUGACUUACAGCAUCACAUGAUCAUCCACACCAGAAAGCGAGCAUUCGCCUGCACGUUGUGUGAGAAGAGCUUUGUGUCCCCCAGCAAGCUCCAAGUGCACCAGAACGUCCACACUGGAGAGAAGCCCUUCAGUUGUGCACAGUGCGGGCGCAGGUUCUCCCACUCCAGCAAUCUGAAAAGACAUCAGAAGCUUCAUCAUUGAUAGCUGACACAGAAGCAAGAGAUUCCUAUGGAAAAAAGCUAUGGAUUAGCAUUAUGUCAGUUAGGUUAUUGCAAUACUCUAUGAAAGCCUGCCUACUUCCUGGAUCAUGUACCUUGCUUUUUUUUUAUGGGAUUCAAGAGAAAAUUAUCACAUUCAUGAAAACGCUGUCAUUUGAUAUACAGUUGGGUCCAAAAGUAUUUGGACAGUGACACAUUUUGUUGUUGUUUUGGCUCUGUACUCCAGCACUUUGGUCAUAUUUAGGAUUUUUAUGCCUAAAACUUUCUCACUUAUCAUUAUUCACGAUUCAUUCAUGGUUAUCUGUAAUCAUGGUAGCAUCCAUAUUAAUGUGGAAGUGUUUAGAAACACAUUCUAUUCUUAUUUACAAUAAAAAUGACUCCAAAAUGACACAAUACAUUAUGUACCAUUCACAGCUUCUACCCUCAAGCCAUUAGACUGCUAAACAGUUAAUCAAACGGCUACCCAGACGAUUGGCAUUGACACCAUUUUUUUACACUGCUGCUACUCCCUGUUUAUGCAUAGUCACUUUACCCCUAACUACAUGUACAUAUUACCUCGACUAACCUGUACCCCCGCACAUUGACUCUGUGCCUGUACCUCCCUGUAUAUAGCAUAGUUAUUGUUAUUUUAUUGUGUUAUUUUUUUUCUUACUUUAAAUUAUUUAUUUUGUGCAAAUAUUUUCUUACUUUAAAAUAAAUUCUGCAUUGUUGGUUUAGGGCUUGUAAGUAAGCAUUUCAUGUGACAAAUACAAUUUGAUUUGAUUUCUAUUGGGUACAAAAUAAUCUGAAACGCAACCAAAACAAACUGCACAUGCAUCCAACAAGUAGAGUCACAGGCUUGAUGAAGGUAGGAAUAUCGCACAAAUAUGAUCAAUGCUUCAUUCGAUAGAAGACAACCUAUCUUGACAUUGUCAAGUAUUGAAAUCUGACACGAAUCCCAGACGUUUUUUUGCGAUCAAAAAGUUGUAUUUCUCUUAAUCUCUUUAUUUCCAGUGUAGGGAGAGCAGUUUUAUCGCAAUGGUACAUCAUACCGGCCAAAUUUCUACCUUCUUGAACGGCAAUAGCUCCAAUACACAUGAAAACGCAUGACCCCUGGUAUCGGUAGAACAUCGCUCACACAAAAACAAUAUAACAUUCAAAAUGUAUGAAUCUUUCCUGUAAAGUUUACUGUCUGUAAUUUAACCUCAUAGUCAUUGUAUCAUUUCAAAUUCAAAGUGCUGGAGUACAGAGCCAAAAGAACAACAAAGCAUGUUCACUGUCCAAAUACUUUUAGACCUCACUAUUAGCAGGCAAAGGUAUGUGAAUCAUGUUGGACAUAUUGGAAUCAGAAUAAAAUAGAUUUACACCAAAACAGUCUUUAUGGGCAUAAGUGUUUUACAUAAUUCUGACAAAAAAUAUCUAAUUGACUUAAUUCAUACAUUAACCACCAUCAAAUGAUAUUAUUGCAACCAUAUUGGAUUUUGGACACCAUAUUGGAUUUGAGGUCAAAUCAAGGGUGCCCCCAAAAAUAAUAUGUGGUUUAAUUACAUGAGUAGGGGCAAAAGAUACAAAAUCCUUCAAGGAACCUUGGACCCAAAAUGUUUAAUUUCGAUGUCUAAGCCCACUUGCUUUCUUUAGAGCUGAUUACAAUAGCCACAACAACAACAAAAAUGUGUAACUGUGUAUUUUUAUCAGGCAGGACCAAACAGCACUGAAUGAGAGCAAUGACUUGGGAAGGUGUCUUAUUCAGCUACUAAAACGUCAAGUGUACAUUCAUAAAUAUUAAUAGUUGAUAUUUCCACCUAUUGUAUCUCUGUGUUUACAGGUCUAUAUUUCCAAGAUACAUGAAGAUAUCCUGAUGCUGUUUGCCUGUGUAUGUGGGGCAGACAGCAAAUAUUGGGUUACAUAUGGUUAUGUGGGAAUGCCACUUCCAGCCAGGCAUUAUUCUGCACUUUUCUUAGUUUAGGGCGUUUGUCACAAUAUCUAUCAAUUAACCACUUCUUCAGUCAAAUGUUUUUUAACAAUCACCCAUUUAAUUAUUGAAAGCCAUUAUAGAUGUGGAAAAAACAUGUGUUUUGUAAUAGCUCGGGUAGGGGUGUCUCCCAACAUUUUUGGGGCCACAAGCCUAGUUUUUUUUAAAUAUAAUUUAGCUACAACGUUGUUGCGAUGGAGAACUCCUGUACAGUAGGUGGCGGUGUUAAACUUUAAAUUCUACAGUCCAGCAUAAUGAUGAGGAAAAGGAACGAAUCACCGGCUACAAACAAAGCUAGCGAUGUUUCGUUUCUGACAGGAUUGCCUUUAUUUUAAUAGCAAACUAGAUAACUGUAGAUUAUUAUAAUAUUAUAGAAAACACAAAGACUGUUUUCAUAUUGAAAAGGGACCAAAAGCUUCUGGAGAACAAUGUCGGGUUCCGUGGUCGAGUUCCAGGGGCAGAUAGCCUCAAUCAUGGAGGUGCUAGCCAACGCUGCUGUAGCCGAAAUCUGCAAAGUUGUUGACGAUGGCUAUGCGGUUGUACACCUGAAAAUGUCCCAAAGCCACAAGGAGAACGAAUUUCUCCGGAGGAAAUUGAAAUUGAUGGAACUUCAGAUCGCCAGGUUUCGAUCAGAGAGAACAAAGUUUUCAGAGGGGUCCGUCCACAACCGCUUCCAUGGAAUACGCCUGCUAAACAGACACAACCAUCGAGAGACGGCAACGACAGGACCUACUUGGCAAAGCAGAGCCAGACUUUCCAACCGGAGUUUUGGGAACAGCACCAUACCAAGAGACAGACAGCCCAUAGACGUGGACCAAGAGGAUGUCUCUACAUCAAAGCAUAUGGAUGCUACAAGUGAUGAGUCAGCAGAGACAGAGGAAGGGGAACCAGACCUGCUGAUCAUCAAGGAUGAGGGGGAAGCAGAUGACCAGCACUCUAGGAUCAGCCACCCAGCCAGAACAGUGGAGGGCAGCAGAGAGCUAACCACCCAACUGGCUGCUGCCACCACCAAGGAUCCCGCCUUCCAGCCCAGAGGUCCCAGAGGCAAAAACUACAACACUGCUAUGGAGGUCAGUGGAUCUGACGCCGUCCUCCUCCAAUCAGAAACAGGGAAUGUGUACCAGGGACCACAGCAGUACACAGGAUUUGAACCCAAAGCAGAGAGACAGAGUCUGGACACUAAGUGUGACAUGUACGGGGACCUCAAUCUCCUAAGAGGUUCUUUAAACCAGAUGUGCAGAGAGGUAGUAGCGACUGAUGAUGGCGCCUCUGCUGCUCACACUAAAGUAAUGGACCUAGGGAGUGGCCCAGUGGGCCCAGAAACACAGACUAGCUCAGACAUAGAAAUGAGAAGUGUAGGGUUAGAAAACCACAGGUUUUCCCCCAAGUCGUUCCAUUCCUCAUCAGAACAUGUGAUAGUGAUUGACUCUGUAUCCAGUGGGCAGCAGGUAGAUAGAGAUUUUGAGUGGGGUCAGGUGGGUACAGGUACUACACCACAGAUCAAUGGGACUGGGAAUAAGCAGGGAGUGGGAGGGUUUAACAGAAAUGCACCAAUGAUUCGCCCCGUUUACCCCGACUCGAUGAGAGACAACACAACGCUAUUGGUUUCACCCGGCUUCCGGCCCUCAGAGAUAAAUACAGGCAUGCAUCUUGGCACAGGAAAUGCAAGGGAGGCCAACAAAGAUAGUUGGUGUUCGUUGGCAAGCCUCCAUAGAGACUCUGAAAUACCAGGAAUAAGAAUUCAACAACCAGCUCAUACCUCACUUCCUGUCGGCCAUUUUAGACCAAGCGCCACAACUUCCUCUCACUCCAGUAAUCUCGCCACAGAUGUUACACCUGGCACCGUGGAACGACCGUACGGUUGCCCGAGCUGCCAUAAGAAGUUUGUCCACGAGAGUGACUUGCGGCGGCAUGCAGUCAUCCACACCAGAAAGCGGACAUUUUCCUGCACCUUGUGUGAGAAGAGCUUUGUGUGCGCCAGCCAUCUCCAAGUUCACCAGAACGUCCACACUGGGGAAAAGCCCUUCAGUUGUGCACAUUGCGGACGCAGGUUCUCCCACUCCAGCAAUCUGAAUAGACAUCAGAAGCUUCAUCAUUGAGAACUGACACAGAAGCAAGAGAGUCCUAUGGAAAAAAGCUAUGGAUUAGCAUUAUGUCACUUUGUUUUAUAGCAAUACGCUAUGAAAAUCCUGCCCACUUCCUGAAUCACGUCCAUUGCUGUUUUUGAAUGGGAUUUAAGAGUUUAUAAUAAAAUUAAUGAAACAGUC